CGAUCCGGCGAUCCGUGUUGUUCCCAUCCCGCACAUCGUCUGCAGAGAGGGGUCGAAGCACUUUGCAAUUUGUUGCAUGGCAUUGAUGAUCUGCGUAUGGUUUUGAUCCUCACUCGUCCUCACCAUCUAGCUCAUCCCUUACCGCUUGAGAAGCUUGCAAUCCUCCUUGCUCUCCGUUGCCCUUCACCGUCUGCUAUACCACACUCUCGGACCAUUUCAUCAUGCGUGCCUCGCCCAUCUCCUUCCUCCUUUCCGCCUUGCUCCUCUGUCUUGCUGCUGUGAGCGUUCAGGCAGCCACUUGCGACAACAAGUGCAGAGAGCGUGGUCUAGCAGCCUACAUCAAAGCCAUCGUCAGUCACAAGAAGGAGGAUGCGGAUGCCAUACCCUUGAAGGAUCCCUUCGCUCGCUUCGAGUUCUCAGUCAUUCAAUGGGCUUGGUCCAUUCCAGACCGCCGCUUCUGCCGCCGAGCUCCGCCGGACCACGCAGCUCGGAGCGAGCACGUUGGCCUACAAAUCUUCCGAGAUCAAGUUCACCCAUUACAACAAUCAGACCGUUCGCGGAGAGUAUGUGCUGAGCAUCGGCCUGCUCAGUGGCGUCGUUCCCAUCACCACCACUGCUACCACCACGUAUGCCAACUUCGACGGCAAGAACAUCCAGCGCAUCGACAUAUACACCCAAUCUCCGGCUCCAAAGUGAACAUGCCCCCCGUCUUUGCGGUCCGUCAUGGGAAGUCACGCGUAGUCUGUGCCUCAAACUAAUCGCUACCUGAUACGCGGCCGACCGAGUUUGCCUUGGAGGCGCAGAAGCCCACCCCUUUCCCUCUUUUCUCUAUGCGCACUCGAGUAUGACAGUGCUAUGUAUCUGAUUAUGCUUCGGGACAAAGAAUGUGGUAUGUACACGGUUUUGAGCCUUCU